AUGGUCACCCCAACCAGCGGCGUAAAGAGAUCGUUUACUCAUCUCGACGAGGGCAAGUACGAGGACCCCAGCCUGAUGAGCCUCCCGUCCAACGACACUGACGCUUGGUACUACCCUUCGUAUGGCUUUGAGGCCAACGAUGAAGACCUUCCACGACCUGCCUUCAGGGGAAACUGGGGUAUCAAAUCUUACAACGAGGCGAAAUGGGUGCGCAAGGGCAAGAUGACGGCAUGGGGGCCUUGGAUGGAAGACUGGGAGUCGGAGGACCGCGCCAGGAAGCGCAUACGACAACUUCUGCCCACGGACGAAGAGCAAGACGCGCCUUUAACGCUACCGCAUCUGCGCUCCCCCUCCCCGCCUCUCAUGGCACCCUAUCCUCACCCGAAUACCCAACACCUCUCAUAUACCUCCUUCGUCCUAGACAAGGCGACAACACAUUCGUUUCGCUCUUCUGUAUUCAAUGAACUAGAAGACUCUACCAACACGCUCAUCGAGGGCGAGACGACACUGCGGAGGGCGCUGGGACGAUUGUGGCAAGUCAUGAGUGAAAACCCCGACGAGGUCGGGGUGAGUACUUCAUUAGUCCCAAAGCGCGAGGAUGAGGAAGCCGAGGGCAACGAUGCGGACAAUCGGCUUGCCAGGGCACCGGACCUAACGCCCGUCGUGCACAAGCUGUUCCUGUCUCCUAACCAGGAAUCCAUAUUCGACAACACGCAAUUCUCUCGCGCGGAGAUGCAGCUCGAAACUUUGGAGAAGUCAUUAUCAAAUCUGCGGGAGCUGCAAGACGAUGGCCGGGAAUACGUAGAACGUCUAGAAGAAAUUCGCGAAGGUUUGGGCGACGCGAGGACGCAGCGGGAUGGCGUCUGGGAACUGGUACGAAAGAAGGCGAUACAAGAACUGCAGGAAGUCGCUUCUUCCGCCGGCGCCGGAGUGUCUUGA